AUGGGAUUGUGGAUCAAUAAUAGAGGGACCAUGUUUCGUAUACGAUAUUACACCAUAUCAUCACCUCAGCUGGGGGUGCUGUCUGUAACUCAAAAGCAUAGACCUACUAGAGCAUUCGAUGAGAGCUCAACAAGUUUACACGAGCCUCCUGUCGUUGCGGAUUUUAUGUUUCCUUCCUCUUUGAAAGAAGGCGAACGGGCCAGCGCUGUGUGCACCAUCAAAUCAGGGGACAGACCUCUGGAGUUCCAGUGGUUAAAGGACGGAACAGUUAUUCGUGAAUCAGAGCAUUUUAAGAUUCAGUCCGUAAUGGAUUCUUCCUUUCUUGUAAUAGAAGCAGUUUCAUCUCAAAGUUCCGGGAAUUAUACUUGCAUUGUGAAAAACACUUAUGGCACUGACCGCUUCACUGCUGUUUUGACGGUGUCAUCCCCUCCAAAGUGGAAAACAGAGCCUCAAGACAUACACACGCAAGAAGGUAUGACCGAAUCUGUCCCUUGUCAAGCAGAAGGAAUACCAACUCCAAAAAUAGUUUGGAUUCAUGGAGAUCAAAUUAAGGUUUCAGAAGAUUCGUCCAGAAAUAUGUACUUAUCGAACACUGGGUCUUUGAUUCUAAGUAAAGUAGAAGCAUCGAUGGAAGGGCCCUAUACUUGUGAAGUCGACAACGGAUUUGGUAAACCUUUAAGGAAAACCAUUUUUAUUUCCGUCAGCGAUCCUCCGGUUGUGACGUCGUUUUCAUUUCCAUCUUCACUAAAAGAGGGUGAAAGAGCAAGCACAACAUGCACCACAAGAUCUGGUGACACACCAUUAGAAUUUCAGUGGCUGAAAAAUGGUUAUGAUGUACAAGAAUCUUCUAGACUAAAGAUUCAAACAUUGAUGGAAUCUUCUAUUUUAGCCAUUUCCUCUGUGACAUCAGAAAGUUCGGGAAAUUACACUUGUAUUGUCAAAAAUGCAUUCGGAACAGAUCGUUUUACAUCAACACUUGCAGUAACAGUUGUAUUAAAUUCUAGCUGCUAUGUGACAGUUCUUUGUAUUCAUAUUUUUAAAGCUCCUCCUAGUUGGAAAAAUGAACCUGAUGACUUCAAUACCAUAGAAGGCGAAAGUACAAUGAUUCAUUGUCAAGCGACUGGAGUUCCACCCCCUCAGAUAUCGUGGUUCAUUGGUGAAGAUAAGAAUGCCAGGAUAACAACAGAUCCUCAGUCCAAUGUUCGAGUACUUCCAAAUGGAACUUUAGCAAUGACCAGAAUAACAGCUUCCAUGAAUGGAAGGUAUACAUGUGAAGCUACAAAUGAUUUUGGAACUCCACUCACACGGACUGUGUUCAUAACUGUACUAGAAGCUCCAGUUGUAGCACCAUUCAUGUUCCCACCUGCGUACAAAGAAGGUGAAAGAGCAAGUGCUACGUGUACAAUUAAAUCUGGAGACAGACCUUUUGAGUUUGAAUGGAAGAAAGAUGGGCAUUCUGUUGAAACUUCUGCAAAUAUUAUAAUCCAAUCCGUGCUGGAUUCUUCAAUGUUGGUGAUUCAAUCAGUAUCCGCACAGAGCUCGGGAAAUUAUACCUGCAUCGUAAAAAAUUCUUUUGGAAACGAUAGAUAUACAUCAAUUUUAGUUGUUACAGCUCCACCAAUAUGGGUGAAAGAGCCCAAUGAUGUUUUAACUCAAGAAGGGGAAGCCUUACACGUUGAAUGCUUAGCUUUUGGUGUUCCUAAUCCAACAAUAAAGUGGCUAAAAGGGGAUACAAAGAAAGAAGUCAUACCUAGUGAUUCCUCAUCUGUAAUGAGAACGUCUUCUUCUGGAACAUUGACCAUAAGCAGAGUCGAUUACACAAUGAAAGGAUUGUACACUUGUGAAGCUGACAACGGGUUUGGUACACUACUAUCAAAGACUAUUAACGUAUCGGUUCGUGAAUGUGUUAAGGAACCACAUGAUGUUUAUAUCCAAGAAGGAGAGAGUCUCUCAACUGACUGCUCAGCCUUUGGAGUACCAUCGCCUGAUAUCAAAUGGAGAUCACAAGCACCUGUAGUAGCAGAUUUUUCAUUUCCGUCAGCCUUAAAAGAAGGUGAAAGAGGUAGCGCCACGUGCACUAUUAGAUCUGGAGAUAGACCAAUACAGUUCAAGUGGAAAAAAGAUGGAAAAGAUAUUUCCGAAUUUAAUAACAUUGAUAUUCAAUCGGUUAAAGAUUCGUCUAUUUUAAUUAUAGAAAGUGUUUCAUCGAAAAGUUCUGGUAACUACACCUGCAUUGUGGUUAAUUCUUUCGGAACCGACAAAUUCACCGCUAAUUUGGUGGUAACUGCUCCUCCAGAAUGGAUACUAGAACCAGAAGACGUAUUUACACAAGAAGGUGAAGAAACAAGAAUUGAUUGUAAAGCAUCUGGAGUUCCUCUUCCAACUAUCACUUGGACCACAGUUAAGUAUUUUAUUUGGUAA